CAUGUUCUGAACUUGGAAUAACUAGACAACAAAUUCAAAAAUGGCGACUUCUAGAUUAUUCUCUCUCCUCGGACCCUCAAUGCUCCGUAGUUCCGGAAAUUUCUCUCAAAUUGCCCCCCUCAAAUUCAAUAAAAUCUGCCUUCCGCCUACACUGCGGUUCAACCGCUACACUUCCGCCGCAUUGACGCUCGAUUCCGAUGUUCCCACUCUCACUACCGACGAUUCCUCUGCAAUUUCAGCUCACCCAUGGCCCGAAUGGAUUAAUUUCGUCGAUAGAUUGAAGGACAAAGGCUACCUUACUCUAAAAGCCGCCGCCGCCGUGGAAAACGCCGGCAGCAGUGGUGGUGUUGUUUACACGGAUAUGAAGUUGGUAAAGGACGCUUGUUUGAGCUUCGCACGUGACCGUUUCGACAUUUUCAAGUCAUUGUCCAAACAAGAUAUCCAAACAAUUGUAGAGAAAGGUUGUCCUAAUCUCUUCCGAAAGACAGUUAACUCGGGGAAAAGGUUGAGAGCAUAUGUAGAACUUGAUGAAGGAGAUGUUUGUGGUUCUUGCGAUCUUCGUGGGUCAUGUGAUAGAGCAUAUGUUAUGUUAACCGAGUCUGAAGCUGCUUCACGUACAGUAGAUGUAGUUCGUAUGUUGUUAUUCUAUGCGUUGGAUCCUAUUGUUAUAUCUGGAGAGAGUAAGCCUCCAGGUAGAGAGCUCGUUGAAUCAUCUGCAAGGAAAUUACUGUUGGAGUUGAUUGAGCUUGGUGAGACAACUCUUGACCCCAAUCUUCCCCAACCUGCUCCCACAAAUUCUCGAAGAACGAAGCAGCUUCUUGAUUUAUCGGACAAUGAAAGCUCAAAAAGGGGUGAUGUGAAACCAGGAGAUUGGGUGUGUACCAAGUGCAACUUUAGGAACUUUGCAAGAAAUGGAAAAUGCCGUGAUUGUGGAAAUAAUGCACCAAGAGCUGUCGGGAGUGAUGUGGAAAUGAAAAAGGGAGACUGGAUCUGUCAGGGGUGCAAUUUCAUGAAUUUUGCCAAAAAUACAACAUGUCUGAGAUGUAAAGGCAAGGGCCCUGAGAGCGCAUCUGGUGAUCGAUCUGAAAAGAAAAAGGGAGAUUGGGACUGCCUUCAGUGUUCGUUUAUGAAUUUUGCAAGCAACAAGCAGUGUGUACGCUGCCAAGAGCCUCGGCCCCAGAGGCAACUAAGACCCGGGGAUUGGGAGUGCUCCAAAUGUGAUUUCUUGAAUUUUAGUCGGAAUACUGCUUGCAAGAAAUGCAAUAAUAAUCGACCAAUGGAGUCUUCGGUACAGAAUGAUGAGCAAACUUGGAGGAGGCCUUACUAAGCCUACUUUAAUCUAUAAAAGGUUUAUCUAUCUGACUUGGUUUUUGAUAUGAUUUAUUUGGGUAAACAUUUAAAGCUGACUUUAUUAUCUUGAAUUCGUAAAGACGAAAAACGGAAGUGAUAGUGUUGUCGUGUGUAAGAACAUACUUCCAUCGGUUAUUUUCAACAUCUUUACGAGCAGUUGCAUGGCAGAGGUAUCAUAAUAAAUUUUAUUGAAAUAUUUGAUCAUCGUUUAAUGUAUUUAUCUGCACUUAAA